UAGGAAAACUGAAAGGGAGAACUGAAAGUGGGAAAUUCCUCGGUAGUAGAGGGACUGUUCUAUCCCAUAUAAAUAGCCCAUACCCAUGGAGGAAAGGCAUUCAAACUCUUGAAACCUUCACUGGGUGCGCAGGUAGCGCUAGACAACCUUGUUCCUGUUUUCAUCAUGACCACCAGGUGCAUCCUCCAAGUGGCUCUCCUGUUGAGCAUCUCCACCACAGCUCUUGCCAGGAGCUACAAGUUGCUUCAGUUCCAACAAAGAAGCAGCAAUUUGGCAUGUCAGAAGCUCCUGUGGAAGCUGAAUGGGGCCCCUGAGUCUUGCCUUGAGGACAGGAUGGACUUCAAGAUCCCUGAGGAAAUUAAGCAACCAGAUCAGCUCCAGAAGGAGGAUGCUGCAUUGGUCAUCUAUGAGAUGUUGCUGCAGAUCUUUGAUAUUUUCCUUGGAAAUUUCUCACAUACUGGCUGGGAUGAGACUGUCAUUGAGAACCUUCUAGCUGAGCUCUCUCAGCAGAGGGACCGUCUGGUGACAAUCCUGGAGGAAAGUAUGGAGGAGGAGAACCCCACCUCGAGAAACAUCAUGACCAUUUUCCACCUGAAGAACUAUUACUUAGGGAUUGGCCAGUACCUGGAAGCCAAGGACUACAGCAGCUGUGCCUGGACAGUAGUUCAGAUGGAAAUCCUCCGAAACUUUUCCUUCAUUAGUGGACUUACAGAUUACCUCCAAAACUGAGGAUCCGCCAGCUUGUGUACCUGGGACCGGACCGUGCUGACAACAAUGUCAGGCAUUCUUCAACCAGCAGAGACUCUUCAAGUGACUGACAGCAAAUGCACUGCCUUUGAAAGGACAGUUAAAGACUUUAAGCUUUUAAAAUUAAUUUAUGAAUUAAGUUAUUUUUUAUUCUUUAUUUAAACUCUCACCUUGAAAAAUAAAUUAUUUAUGAAAUGAAAGUCAACGUGGAUGUUUUAAUUUGAGUUUGAUAUUAUGGAUAUCCAUACCCAUAUUAUGGAUAUUCAUAGCCAUCCAUAUUAAAAAUUGCUGGGCAUCUAUUAGAUGGUCUGUGUAAAAUGUGCCUACAGAAUAGUAUAGUUUCUGGACACUGCCUUCAAGGAAUUUAAUAUCCAAGGAAGACGUGGAAGAUACAAGGUAAGAGAUGAUAAGGAAACCCAAACCUUAUAAGGGAAUAAAUGUGACUUGGAUCUAUAGGGUGUUAAAUGGGAAGAGGCAGGCAGGUGGCUCUGAAAGGAGAACCACUGCUUCUUCUCUGUACGCCAGGCUCUCUGGCCUGAAGUUGGGAUGGUGGUGCAGUGGUUAAGAGCUAUGGCAUGCUAUGGCUGCUAACCUAUGAAGUCGGCAGUUCAAAUCCACUAGCUGCUCCUUAGAAACCUUAUAGGGCAGUUCUACUCUGUCCUAUAGUGUCAUUAUGAGUUGGAAUCAACUUGACAGCAAUGAGUUUUUUUUUUUUUUUAGCAGUAGCCAGAGGAAUGUGCCAGCUCUAUCCCAAUUAUCUGCCCUCAGCAGGAUUUUAAAACUCUGUGUGCCCGCUUUGUGUAAGGAUGAGAAGUCCCAGGUACUUCCAUGGCACUGUGUAGCAGCAGUGCCUUUAUCAUGCUCUCCAGGGGACAGCCCAGAUGUUUGGGUCUCUUAGGGAGAUAAGGUUCACCCUUCAUUUCCAUGGCACUGGUGCCAUGGGGAGGGAGAAUUUUGCUUUAUCCCUCUGCCAUCUGGCUAAGUUUUCUUUCCAUUUUUCUAGAAAACUAAGUCAGCUCAAGGUCCUCCCUACCUUGCUCAUACAGAAUUCCAAGGACAGACUUGCCUACUGCUCUGCAUCUCUGAAGCCAUAUACUCCCUAAGGCCAAAUCCAAAACUUAUUUGGCAGAUGAAGUCCAGCGUCAGGCCAAACGAAAAACCAGGAUGCAUGGGAGAAAAGGACAUUCAGGGUGGAUAAAGAGGGCAUGGACUUUUCCCAGGGCUUCCACUGGGAAAAUACAGUUUUCUCAGGAUCCCUUUUGGACACCUGGUCAGCAUGUGCCAAAUACCUGAGGCUUUGUCUUUGUACUGACCCCUUGAAAACUGGGGUUAUCAUUACUGUUAGUAUCAUUAGCAGCUGCCAUUUACUGAGAGCUUCUAAUGAAACGGGCACCGUGCUCAGGUCUUAGGUACAGAAUCGGAUUUAAUCCUCUUUACAAACGCCCCUCAGGUUGACAUAAUUGCGUUAUUUUCAUUUUACAGAAAGGAAACUAAGUCUCCAGGAGGUUUGGUAACUGCCCUGAGGUCACAUAGAUAGUGAACAGAGGUUAAAAAAAGUACAAAGGGAAGAUUCAUAAAAGCCCUUAUUUGUAUCUAGACUUUUUUUUUUUUUCUUAGAGUAGUACAGAAGUCUGAGUUCCUUUUAAAGGAGUCAGCCUUUGGGAGAAGAAAUCUGUGUCCGUCAAGAGUUGCAGAGAUGAUACUGUUAUGCAGACAGUAAACUCUGGACUCCCUCUUCUGACUGAAGGCGAGUAUCACAUGGACUGUGGCACCAAGAAGUGCCAUCCUGGUGGGCUGCUGCCAUUAUCUUCAGGCUAACCAAGGCCCCCAUAAAACAAGAUCUCCUUUUUCUCCCAGUUCCCAACAUGCUAUUCCAUAUCCCAGCUCUGCCAAAAGCCCUUCCAUAGCAAUGCUCCUUUUUGCCUGGGAGUCAAGGACAAGAUCAGCAUGUAGGAAAAGACUAGGCAGGGUUUAGAGCAGCCAGAAGAUGCUAAAGAAGUACUCUCUCAGCAAUGGACCCUGACUGGACCAAAUAGCUGACCUGACCCAGAAACCGAGAGGUUGGGGGAGCCUUUGGAAGGUCUGCCCAGUCUUUGUGCUGGGGAUAAGGAAGACAGGAGGAGGCUUUUCCUGCAGAAUUAUAAAUAACUGUGCCACAGCUGAGCACGUUGGCCCAUCUAGAACAUCAAUGGCACAGCUAUCACCACUAGAAAUAAAUGGUAAUUAAAAUUAAUU